AUGGAAGCUGUACGUCGAUUGGUGCAAAUACAGCAAGAAAAGCCAGCCUUGCAACAACUGAUGAGAAUGGGCAGCAUUGGGGAUGACUUGUGGCGGGAUUUCUCAGUAGCCGAACAACAAACCAUGAUGGAGCUGCAAGAAGUGAGUCAGGAAGCCAACACGUACAAACAGAAUUGGGGACAAACGAUAUUUUCGACUGCGGCACAAAUGCUGGAGCAUGAAAAGCAAAAGGUGUUGCAAGCAGAAAUGAAGACCAUGAAAGAGGCUGAGGAAAAGCGUAAAAUCAUGCAGGAAAAGGAGCUGAAGAUUGCUGAAGAACGCGAACAGGAAAGGAGACUCGAAGAAGCCAAGCAGGCUGAAAAGGAUUUGCUCAAGAUGGAAGAGGAGGAGCAACAG